AGAUGAGUAAAAAUAAAUUGAAUAUUGAAAAAAUAAACUCACUGUCUAAAAUUGAAUUUAAUAAAAUAUUUGAGAAUAUUAUCGAACAUUAUCCAGUAGCGAGUGAUGUAAUUGCAGAAAAAAGGCCUUUUGCUGAUGGCAGUCAAUUGGAAAAUUUGUUUUUCCAUUUCAUAGAUCAACUCGAUACUAAGGAAAAAAAAAUUAUUUUAAAAAAACAUCCAGAAUUAACGGGUGAGAUGUACAAUAAAAAAAUUCUGACAGCUGAGUCUGAAAACGAGCAAGCGAUUGCUGGAAUAAAUCAGAUGACGGAGGAAGAAAAAAAAUUAUUUAAUAAUUUAAAUGGAUUGUAUAAAAAAAAAUUUAUGUACCCAUUCGUUAUUUGUGUGCGAGAACACACAAUUGCUUCGAUAAUUUCAGGUAUUGAAAGACGAUUAGAAAAUUCGCUGGAAGUUGAAUUAGACAUCGCGAUUGGAGAAGUCAAAAAAAUAAGCAAGUUACGUUUGAGAGAUUUAAUUGACAUUUAA